CCAGGAUGUGGGACGCCUGGGUCCCAGGCCUCGAGUUUGCCCUGCUGUUCACCCUGCUGGCCAGCCUCCAAAGAGUGAGCGCCUGGGAGGUUGGGCCCCAGUUCAAAUGCGGUGUCUUAAGGUGCCCCAGUGGAUUCAGAUGUUGUAGUAAAGGCUGCUGCAUGGAGAACGAGUUCUUUUCCGGCCCCUUGAGGAUCUUCAUCAUCAUCUUCCUGGUCAUCCUGCCCCUUCUAUGCAUCUGUGGCCUGGCUAAGCGCUUCUGUCGCAAGUGCAGAGAGCCAGAGCUGGAUUCCGCCAUGCAUCCCCCAGAUCCUCCCUCCAUUGCUCCCCCAGAGAGGGUCUGGGUCUCCACCAAUGAGCCUCCACCACCCUACAGCGAGGUUAUUCUGAAACCUACCAUGGGCCUACCUCCUAUGGAGCCCCCGCCUCCCUACAGCCUAACACUUGAAGAAGAAGAGGAGGCCAACCUGCAGAGGGGUAUUGACAACCCUGCCUUCUGACCUCCCGUAUUUCUGGUGCCUUCUAGAGCAAGCCAGAGACUUCUGGGACUCCCAGGAUGUCCCCGCCCACCCAUCCUGUCACAACUCUGGUCCUUCAGGAAUUUAACUUACUGCUUUUCUGCCCCUGUUCCCUACCAGCUGCCUCUUGUCUUGAGAGCUGGUAUCUGCUCCUACCUCAAGUCAGAGGCUGCCGUCAGGAACAGGCCAGUAGGCUGGAGGCACUGGCAGUGGAAUGAGCUCUUCUGCCAGCAGAGCGCAUCUUGACUGGACAGCUGCUCUGAUGUAUUACAGAGGCGAGGCGCUUCUGUACCCCUGGGACACUGGACUGCAUGAGCUCUGAGCCACCUCCCCACUCUGUGAACUGAGAAGACCCUGUUGCACACACUCCAAACACAUGCCCUCACUAAAGUGUUGCUGAUGGGCUGAGUUGCCCUCUGGCUGGGAGGAGGUAGCAGCAGGUGAGCUCAGGCACCACUGGGGGGGGGGGGGGGGUGUAAUUGAGCCCAAAUCCCACUUGUGGUAAUGAGCCAUCAGCUGGGAGGACAACUUAUCCCAUCUGUAGCACAUGGUGGGAAUGCUUUGUCCUUCAGCUCCUGGGGCUGGAAAUGGGCUCCAGUGAUACAAGGGUCCUCCUCCCUCCCAGGUCCUCACUCUGCUCUUCCUCAGACACAGAACUCAGUCCACGUGUGACUGUUUCUCUGUGUGGGGGAAACAGAGGGACAGCAGGAAACAGCCUGCUGGGAGAAGGUGGGGCUGGACGUGACACGGGACUGGACAGGGCACCCAGGCAUGUGUGGAGUGGGACCUCCUGUGUUCUUGAUCAGCCUUAGUCUGGAAUCCCCUGGAGAGGACAACUGGUGACAGAUCUGACCCAGCUCCUCGGGCCUGCCUAGAUUCUGGGCACUGCUGCUCAGCCCCACUGGCAGGGGACUAUAACCAGGGAGGCUGGCCUGUACCAUGCAGUGAGGUGACCCUCUUACCAGUGUAUCUGGGUUCAUGCAGGACCACUAGGCACAAUCACCUGAUCCUUGCCUCAGGCAGGUGGCAGAGCUGGGCUGGGGAGAUGGCCCAGCUAUCCUCAAAGAUGCCAGAAUGGAACUUCUAGGGAAACAAGAAACCCAGUGGAAGAGCAGUGAUUGCUGAUGGUACCCGAGGUGGCCGAUGGGGACUGGUUGGGGUGUCAGUGUGGGUGACCAAUGAGAAGAUAGGCUGGUGUUGCCUUCAUUGCUAAGUGGCCUAUCUGGGGAGGUUGAGUGUUGGAGACCUGGAGGAGAAGGCCCAUCCCUGGACUGGAUAUCAUGUGCCACCUUCCUGUCAUCACAAAUGACAGCUUGACGGACAGGAGCUAUCAUCCUGAUGCCCAGUGUGGCAGGGACCGAGUAACAGGAAUGACUACUUGUAUGUCUCUCCUGUCCACUGCUGGUGGGAAGGGAAGAGAUGUGAUGAGGCACUCUGUUCAUGCUGCUGAUGUUUACAAAGCUAUGCACAUACACCUGGCCUGGACAUCCAGGAACACAUCGAUUGGAUGCACGUAACCUGGCAAUCAAAUCUGAGCAGCACCAGACGCUGACAACUCACUCAGGAGGCUGAGAGCUAAGGAUCGAGGUUCAAAGC